UAUACUCUCAUCCAUCUCCAUGACUCCAUCUGCCUUCAACUUCUCCCAGUUGAAGCAAUUAUAGCAAAGGCAACUCCAUUUUCCUACUCUCUGCGUCCUCGUUAUAGUUUUGAUAGGAAAAAUGGUCGCCGGUUCGCCUUGCGCUUCUUGCAAAUGGUUACGGAGACGGUGUGCCAAGGACUGCAUCUUUGCCCCCUACUUCCCUUCUGAUGAUCCCCACAAGUUUGCCAUUGUUCACAAGGUCUUCGGUGCAAGCAAUGUCAGCAAGAUGUUGCAGGAGAUUCCUGUUUAUCAGAGAGCUGAUGCUGUGAGUAGUCUAGUUUUUGAGGCAAAUGCGAGGAUGAGAGACCCGGUUUAUGGCUGCGUGGGGGCGAUAUCAUUCCUCCAAAACCAAGUGUCUCAGCUACAGAUGCAGCUUGCAAUGGCUCAGGCAGAGAUUUUAUGCAUUCAGAUGCAGCAAGAGUCUUCCAUGGCUUAUCAACAGAUGCACGCUGAUGGCAAGUCUUUCCUUUUGCACAAUAGCAUUAAUUCCAUACCCCAAUUCAUGAACUUUUCAUCUGGAAGUGUAGUUCAAGAGCCUUUCAAGAUAGAGUCUCUUAGACAUAGACAUGUUUCUCUACCCUUUUUUAAUUUUUGAGAAGAACAUGUUCUCUUCCUUCUGUUGUAAUGGAGUGUUUUUUUUUUUUUUUUCUGGUGUGUAAUGGAGUAUUAAGAUAAUGUUCAGUAAAGUAAUUAUUUUUCAGUGGACAAUGCGUACAAGGAGGUUUUGUUUAGAUAAU